AUGUCAUUUGGUGAAUACUCGGUAAACUCUGGAACAGGUGAGAGCAAUCGAUUAAAUGUUAUUUAUCAUCACACUGUUUUUUUUUUUUGCCAAAUAAAAAGGUUUUGGUAGACAUUGUUAGAAAAAAUGUUUCAUAUUUUACUGAAUGUAUUUCUGCUUUUUAACAGUGUAAAUACCCAUUAAUUCUACAAGGAAAAUUCUCCAGACAGUUAGAUAGCUUUUUAGGGACAUUUGAUAUACAGCUAGGCUUAUUCUGGGAAAGCUCUGUCUACAUAACUGUUAUUUGCAUAAAUAGGUGAUUUUAUUUUUUCUCUGAUGCAGUUCCUAGCAAAUUAAGUUGUGAGAACCUUGAAUGUUUAGUUUAAAAAAAUGCACUUUAUUUGAGUGUCAAUGUAUUUAGCAUGAAAGUACUAUUUGGGGACACCAUUUUUACAUCUCCUACUGGAGAUGAGACCGCCACUUUACAUGGUCAUCCGAACCAUGCAGAGGUUAAGCGAUUUGCAGGGCAAAAGCAGUAACUUCAUUUCUCAGUCAUUUUAAGACCAUGAGUGUUGGUCCAGUCCGGGGAAUCGAACCCUCAACCUCCUGCUCUGCAGUCAAGUGCUGUACCGACUGAGCUUAUCCUGCUGUGGUAAAUUAUUUUAAACCUCUGUCCAGUAAACUCAGUAGUGAUCCAUCUACCUGUGUAUACUGCAUCUAAGAUGCAUAAAUUUCUUAAAACACACCCAAUCAAGUGUCUGAGGUAUGCAUGCCUGUGGAUGCGUAGACUUUUUUCUGUCCAUUAUGAGUUGGAUCCUUAAUAUGUAGUUUUAUCUUAAAAAUUAACAUGUUUUCUUGAAAUGACACACCAAUCGCAAAGCCACCAUGUUACUAUUGCAGGCUCAAUUAGUAGCAGGUCAGUGGCAUGGGCAACACAUCAUAAUUAUAUCCCAUACACGCAUUAUCUUCCGGACAAUCUGUGAAAUUUGGAGGGAACAUUGUUCUAGGCUGUUAGUGUUUCACAUUGUCAUUUAAAUUUAUAUCACCAAUAUUGACUUGAAUUAAAAAUGCAAAGUUUGCACAAACAAUCACAUAGGAAGUAGUCAUGACUGGUGUAAGGGAAAGAUGGUAAUUGCAUAUAUUACAACUUGUACACAAGCCAAGAAGUCUAACAAAAUGAGUACGGGGGCCCAGUGCAAAGGCUUGUACAUUAAAAGGUGGGAGGAUCUAUGAGCCAAAAUUAAGAGAUGGCUUGCUGAUAAUGAUGAGGUUUUCCUACACUUUUGUCUGUAUAAAGCUAAAAUUGUUUAUAAGAACUUAGCUAUUCGUAGGUAGUUUUGCUCAGAAAAAAUGUCUAAAUUUCUACAAUGGUAAUUAUUAUGCACAAGGGCACAGGACUCUUAUCCCUUUUCUGGGACUCAUAGUCUUGGAUUUUGGACUCGUAGUUUUAUAGCUGUAUGAGUCCCAGGACUCACUAUGGUUUUUUUUAGAUGGAUCACUGCUCAGUUCAAGUGUGCUGAUUUCCUUGUUCAGAAUCUGGUACCCAGAUCUUGUGUUGACGAAACCAAAGGCAAGAUCUGAUCAAAUCCGAUUUGUACGUGUGAUCGCCUGUCAGGAAUGUGACAGGCGAUAAAAGAACGCAUGCUCAAAUAAAUCCUCCAAAAAAUUGCGUCAUAUACACUUUAAGACCCUGUCUCAGUUCAGUUGAUUGCAUCCUUGGGCAGUGACUUUUUACCAUCUCUUCUUUGUUCGUGUCCAUUAACUUAAGAGCUGGGAUGCUACUGUUGAAUAUUGAGCAUGGGGAAGUAGAUUCCUAUGUUGUGAUCUUUUUUGGGGGAAGGAAUAAUUUUAUUGGACUUAAUAAUAUUGAGGUAAGUUAGCUAACAGCAGGAAAAUGCUAAUAAUGAUACAAUAAAACUUUUUUUCCUCUCUUUUCUCUUUUAGCUUCACAGGGUGGAACUUCUGAGUACAAUCGACUGUGUGGAUGUGUUAGUAAUAAUAUUCAGGCAAUAAACAAAAAUGGUGGGUUCAGUUUUAAAUUAACUACAAUACUUUCAUUUCUGUAUAUCUUGCUAAAACCUAUUAAAUUUUCAGGUCAGGUCAAGAGAAUUUUUCCUUUGUUUUAUCCUAAAAUUAAACAAGAACACUCCUAAAAAAAAACAUUAAGUCGAGCUUGUUACUGGGAGAUUUGUAAUGGUAACAGGACUGAGUGGAGUCCAAUUUGGUCUGUAAUCAUACGAGUACAAAAUCACACAGUUGUCCAAUUUGUUUAAUCACGAGUAUGAUUACAGACCGAAUUGGACGACACGAAGUUCUGUUACCAAUUAUUAAUCUUAAGGGAAAGUUCAUUUAAUAUGACAAGGGGGGGGGGGAGAAGAUAUUGAGGGGGGGCUCCGAAAAUUUUUAGACACCCGAAGGGGGGCUCGAAAAAAUUGUUUCCCUAGGAGGGGGGGCUCCGAAAAUUUGUAUACUUCAAAACACAUGACAUCAUCAUACAGAUCGGAUGGUUUUCAACUCAACAAUUUAAUGACCUGUGCAACUCAGCUAUAUCACGUGGUUUACAGAUAUAACAGCGCUCCAAGCUGCGACCAUUUUGGUCGCCAUGGCGAGUGAAAAAAAAAAAUGGCGACUGAAUUAUCGGCGAAAGUCGCCAUUUGGCGAUCAAAGGAUAUAAGCUCAAAAGAAUAAAGUUGACUUCACGUUUUACCGCUUUUUAACUGAAUCAUCGUUAAAUUAAAGAAAUAUUACCAAGCUUUUCUUCUGUGUAAAUUCAAUGAUGAAUCUGUUCCUCUUGCAUGGCAAGACAUGUGUACAGUUCUGGCAUAAGGAUCAUUUAGCACGUACAAACAGUAUUUUUGUCAUCAACUUUGAAGAAAGAAACGUUUAUUUAGGCCAGAAGUAUUGUUAUUGUUAUUGUUAUUGUUGAUUCAAGUUUUAAUUUACAUAUGUGAGUGGUUUCAAUACCAAUGAUUUAGCUAAAGAAAGAUGUUUCUUAGCAAGUAGACGGUACGAACAAAUGUAAAUUCACGUAAUCGUAUCUGAUCAGAUUUGUUUCAAUGAUAUCACUGCAAAUACAUGUUCCGGGUUUCAACAUCCGACUUUGCAGUAAAUUGUUCUGGUUACCUCUCAUAAAUGUCUUUGCCUGUUUUUGCCAUCUUGUACUGCGUUUACAACCCGCAGGCAAGUAACAAUGGAGUGUUAAAAACACGAUUUAUUUCCGUACACAACGUUCAGCAGUAGCUCCUUCAUGUAAGUAGUAUGAAGUGUCUUGCGUUAAUGAAACGACAAUUUUUGGCGACCGAAAUUUUCCAUUGGCGACCAUUUUAAAAAUGAAGGUCGCCAAAAGGCGACUUAUUGAAAAAAUGAGCUUGGAGCGCUGUAUAACAAAUGUAGUCUCAGUAAUUAUUACACUCUUGUUCAUCCCAAAAAUGCUUUAGAAAAUUGUAUCACAACUGUAUCUCAAGUUUGUCAUAGUAUAAACCAUUGAAGACAAUAACGGUAAAUAUAUUUAAUACAGUCCAGCGAUCUUUUUUCAGGGGAGCAAAGGGGGCUCUGAAAUUUUUGUGACUACCAAGUAGGGGGCUCCUAAAAAAUUGAACCGCUAGCGAGGGGGGCUGCUAAAAUUUCAAGCUUCGAGCUUCAAUAUCUUCAUCCCCCCCCCUUGUCAUAUUAAAUGAACUUUCCCUAACUUUAACAAAAUUUGUGAUAUAAUAGGCUAUUUUUUAAAUCAAAACACCAGAAAUUCGAACUUUUUUUGGUGGCAGUGAAAAAAAAGCGCGCUCAUGAUGGCGCGUACUGUCCAAUUACUUCAGCAUGACACGUACUGUCCUAUUAAACUGUCCGAUUAAGGCUGAAAUCAGGGCAGUUGAUAGCCAAUCAAAUUUGACAAUUUUGUUGUAGUUAUGAUUAGAUGAGAAAUUCAGAGGUGAUAUAUUCUAAACAUUCUACACGAAACAGGAUUUCGUUGCGAAAAGUUUUCCACAGCCUACUUUAUUGAUGGUCUAGUAGUCUUCAGGAUAUUUACUUUUUAUAUCGUAUUCAACUAUUUUUUUCUGAAUUGAUUGGGUACGCAUGCAUAAAUACAUGAAAAUCAAGGGCCUUGAUUCAAGAGCAAUUACAUCAUCGUCAAAGAGCAAAAGCGUGAUGAGCAUGGCAUGUCAUUUCUGUUUUCGCUGGAAAAAAACUUAUGCUCCUCACAAGACUCAUUUGCAUACAACAUGGAUAAUAGAGAGACUGGAUAGGAAACUGGUGGAUGUGAUCAGUUAUAACACUUGGAAAAGUGUGACGUCACAUUAUCUAGAGCCAUUCAACCUCUUACAUCCGAUGUUUUGCACUUGUUAAAUUUUUCCUCACAUGUUUCACUAUCUCUGUCUUCAACUGAGGACUUGCUUUUGGAGAAGAUAGUUAGAGGGUACAAAACAGUUAGAGGCAAAAGACAGAGUAAAUGAUUAUGAAACUUGUGAAAGUGAAGAAUGACUCCAGCGCCCGAUAAUUUUUUGCACCAAAUGGGAAGCCUAACUACAUGAAAAUAAACGAAAACUUACAUUAUACCGAGCUCUACUAAACACCUAUAAAAAAAGGCACAGCCUAAUUUUCUACAAACCACAAGAAAACCAGGAAUAAUUUGAAUUAUUUUUAUCAUGGUUUUGACAAUUUCUUUUUUGCUUUUAUACAAGCUCAGCGAGUGUCGAAUUUUAUAAGUUAACAACUCUUGACAAAAUGAUUUUAUGAGCGGUAAAACUGUUGAGGCUUGAUGUUUCAAGUACCCAGCUCAAAUGAGGGUUUAAUUUUCCAUUCCAAUUUAUUUAUGGAUAACCAUUGACAAGAAGCGGUUUUUGAGAAUAUUGUAUAAAAAGCGGGGGUAAAAAACCCACAGCAGAGAAAAGAAAUUUGCUUGCGGACCAUUGUGGAAAUGCUGUUUCAUACUUUCUCAAAUCAAUUUUCAUAGUAAAGCAAGUUGUAUUGUUAUUUUCAGGUAUAGAGCGGUUUUCACUUGACUGUCGUAAAACCAAAACCAAAGUAAAUACACUAGCCAACCAAAGGGCGUAGUAAAAACAAAACCAAAACCAAAACCAAUCCCUUUCGACAGUCAAGUGAAAACCGCUCUAAUAAUUAUACCUGAAAAUAACAAUACAACAUAAAUAUAUGUGUGCCUCAAAGUUAUCCCUUUUUCAAGUCCAUUCUUUAAACUCAUUAUCACACAUUGUUGUACCCAAUUAAGCAAUAGAAAAUCAAAGUUUCCAUCAGGGUUGUUACUACUUAAGUUUUUGAAGUAAGUGUGCAAUUGAAAAAGAUAGUGAGGGAUUUGAUAUAUUUUUCCUGUGUUGUCAAGAUGUUGCAUUUUUACAAAGUAGCCAGGACUCACAUUUCUAUCAGGCAGGUAAAAUCCCCCACCUUCCAGCCCUUGAUGACAGCUCUGUUAUAUUGUAUAUUUUUUCCUCAAAAAAUAAGAACCUAAAUAGCCUAAACUAGUGCUAACUACCAUUUAUAUAAGAACCUGUUGAGGCUAACUUAGAAAAAUCUAGGUUCUUAGUCAAGGGGUUUUACUGUAUUUUGGUACUUGAAAACUUUAUGAAACAAAAUCUCUACAUUUGUGAAGGGCAACAGUUAUUAUAGAAUUCCAUUUUCAGUAUGUAAUGUUUUUCUUUCCCUUUUUUCUAUUUUUAUGUGUGAUUACAAUAGAGGCUAAUAUUAAUGUUGCUUCUUGUAUGUUUGGUUUUACAGUUAGUACAAUUCAGAAGCUUGUUGACAAACUGGGCACUUCAGAAGACAAAUCACAGCUACAAAGCAGACUGUAAGUUGUAAUAUAAAUAACCUUUUUUAAAAAUCUUUUUCUUUCCAAAGUCUUCCAAGCUAUAAAAAAUUCUGACUCAAAUAGUCAUCACUAGGAAAAGUACUUUUCAUGCAGUGGUAUUUACUCAGACAAAUCGUCAUACUUUUGUAUUUCAGUGAUGAAAUCAUGGCAAACUACACAAAAUGUAACUUCUUUUAUUAGCUAAACUUAAGGAUUUUUUUUCAGACUAUUAAUAUUGCUGAAUGCACUGCAACUUAAAUUUGAUAAUAAUCACAAACAGAAAGUGCUUUACUAAUUUAACAUGGUGCACAGUAAAACCUGUGUUUAUAAGUGAACCUCUGUUUAAAAGUCUUAGAAAUAUUAUCGUUAUUAGCUUCUUUAGAUUGUUGCAGUCACCUCUUCCUAGCCAGGUCCUCUUUUAAACAGUCGGUUUGUUGAAAGGGUUUCAAUGUAGAACGUUUGCAAUGCAGUGCAAUAUCAUUAAGUAAAUCUGUUUAUACCACUACAUGAGAAAUUUCUGCAAUUUGAUUGGCUUAGAGCAGUGGUAUUUCAGCUUAAUUUGAAAUAGCUACAUGUGAAAAUUACAAAACUAUUGCGGGUAGUAGUAUAAACAAAUAAUAGCAUGAUUUGGACGUGAUAUUUGGCAUAAAUACCACUCGUGAUAUUUCAAAAUUGUCUCAAAUUACGUAUAACAAUUUUGAAAUAUCACUUGUGGUAUUUAUGCCAAAUAUCACUUCAAAUCAUGCUAUUACCUAUACUAAUUCAUUCAUGAAAGGCCUCAAUGGUCUGUUUCUUUCUUUUCCUUUUUUGGCACAAAGAAAGGUAGAAAAACCCUUUUGAAGUUAUUAAACUAGUCUUUUGGUUGAUAUUUGAACUAGUCACCAUUAUCUUUUUGUAUGCUGUUAAGGCUGGUUAGUUCUGUAUAGAGUAGUCAGUCAACCAUUCCUCAAGGGUAUCCACCAAAUUAAUAAUAUUGUUUCUAUUUUAUUCAGGCAACAAACAGAACAGGCCACACAAAAGCUUGCCAAGGAAACUACCUCCUAUUUCAAGCAACUUCCUCACCUCUAUGGAGAUUUACCAUCUGACAGAGUAUGUCUAAUUAAUUAUUAUUACUUUAAUUUGGUGAUUCUGUACUGGAUUUAUUGUGUGAAAUUGAUGCAAAUACACUGAGUUGUGGUGUGACAAACUGAAGCAUUGGUUUUAAAGCCAAGGUCUCUCAGAUAGUACAUGUAUGCAAUGGUGUGAUUUCACACAAUUGGCCUGAAAUUGCAUCUGGUCACACAAUUUGAAGAAAAUUGUGUAAUUCGUAGAAAAAAUUGCUCAGUAGAGUACUAAAGUGAUGACGUCAUACAAAUGAAAUUUCUGAAAUUAUGGGAUUUGUCCGGACAUUCUGAAAGAACAAUGUCCAAGAGGCCUACUUGCCAAAAAUGAGCAUUUCGGGGCAAAUUGUCUCUGAGAUGUCAGCCGGUUAUACUCAGAAAACUCCAUACAAACCCUUCUAAUAUUUUUUUUUUUUUGGGGGCUUUUCUUAAAUUCCUUAUUUCAUCAUUGUGAGUUGAGUUUCAAGACAAAGGCAUUUAUAAUCAAAAGGUGAACCCCUAAAAAAUUGAGAAGGGUUUGUAUGGAGUUUUCUAAGGCAUAUUUUUUCAUUCUUUUGGCUGGGGCUAGUAAAAAUUACGAUCUCAGGGACAGUUUGCCCUGAAAAGCUCAUUUUUGGCAAGUAGGCUUCUUGGACAUUGUUCUUUCAGAAUAUCCAGACAAAUCCCAUAAUUUCAGAAAUUUCAUUUUUAUGACGUCACACUUUAGUACUCGAUUCAAGUGAGGAAAACAAAGAUGAGAAAUUCUUUAGUUUUAUUGUUUAUUGCCCUUUGAAAUAAAUUGUUCUAAUGAGCAAUAUGUUUUUCCCUAGCGCCAAAGAAAACUGCAGGUGGAAAAGUUAAGAGACAACUUUACAGCAGCUCUAAACAACUUCCAACAAGUUCAGCGGGUAAGUUUAUAAAAUAUUGUGAUACUGGUUUUGAGCUGUACGAAAAGUUAAAAUUACUGUUUGGGCAGUAGACUCACUGGUUAUUCUCUGCUUGUGUCCAUUUUGCAAAGCACCAGUUUAGGAUUGCUGGCCAAAAAGCUGUUUUUAAUUUGGUUUCUUUGGUUGAUCACACCGUGAUCUGCUUUUAAUGGUGACACAUUUGCCAGUCCCAAGAAUGUUUUCUUAUGGGAUAUUCGACUGUAGAAAGUUUUUUAUGUUGGCAAGUGUUUGUAGUGUUCAGAGUAAGUUUUUUACAAGUUAAGGGCAAGUGAUAAUGUCGAGGCUGAAAAACUAUAUUUUCCUGCAGAUCCACCCAUUCCAAUUGAUAGUUAUUGGAUCAUUUUUGUCUAGAGAGUUAUGGAAUUAAAAAACUUGCCCAUUUUGUGUUGGAUUUUAGAGACUUUUCGAUAUUAAUUUCUGUUGUGUUUUAAGACAGUGUAUUUUUGUAUUUUGUAAUGAUGCAGUGGAACCUGGUUAAUGAAGACACUAAGGGGACAUACCAUAGCGUCCAUACCGGGUGUCCAUAUUAAGCAGGUUGAUUUUAGAGAAAAUAUAUGAGGCUUUCAUCUCGAAAAAUGAAACUGUCUAUUAUUUAGGGGUGACUGUAUUAAGUGUGUGUCCAUAGAGUGGGGUUCCACUGUACAUACCUUAAAGUUUAUGGGCAAAGUUGAUCAAUGUCUUGUUUUUCUGCCUUAAACAGGUUAGCUUUUUUUUUAAUCAAGACAUUUAUUUCCCAAAUUACAAAGAACUAAUUAAAAAGAAACUAAUUACAAAAUUCUAAACAACCAUAAUAACAGAAGGAGAGAAAAAGGGAAAAGUAUUACAUAAUUACAAUAAUUUUAUUAUCUACAUUUCACAAUUAUAUAUGUUUCAGCCAAAAAACAGCCACGCAAUUGCUGAAAUUGGCUUAUUUUACAAAUGGUUAAUUAAUUAGCAAUUAAUGAACGAGCCUGAGUAGGAUAUGAUGAAUUAAGCAGAUUGGGGAGGGUGUUAUCCACUGAGGCCAAAGGUCGAGGCACCACAAAUAUCCUCCAAAUACCCGUAGCAGAUGUCGCCCUCCGAGUUGUCUUCUUGCUGUUUUUGCUAUGUUUGUAGCUAUUACUUCGCCUAGUUUCAGCUGUAGUUCUUACUCUUGAAACAAGUGAAAUGUCCGCCAUUUUUUUUUUCACAACCAAAACAACUCAACCUCGUCCCCAGGUCUUCUCGAUAAUGGUACCUUAACCUGUAGUGGGCUGCAUUUUUUACGUCAUUUCCUCAUUAAACACAAAAUUCUUCCAAAUUUGGUCAUAAGUAACUGGUUAUGGUGAAUUAUGCAUGUGCAUUUUAUUCAAAUAUUUUGAAUGAAUAAUGAUAAGUAUUAUUAUUCAUUCAAAAUAUUUCCCCACUGAAUUCUGAUUGGCUAAAAGCACACGCAUAAUUCACCAUAACCAGCUACUGAUUGCCAAAUUUGGAAGAAUUUUGUGAUUAAUGAACCGAUGACGUCAAAGGUGCGGCUUCCUUGCAGGUUAAUGCAUUGUUAACCAAGGAGCCCUGGGGAUGAGGUUGAGUUGUUUUGGUAGUGAAAACAAAAAUGGUGGACACUUCACUUGUUUCAAGAGUAAGAACUAGGUGAAAUAAUAGCUAAAAAUAUUGCAAGAACAGCAAGAAGAGAGCUCGAAGGGCGACAUCUGCUACUUACAGAAUGUUCGCCAAGCUAAACAACCCUAAAUGUGCACUGUGGUAGAUGAACUUAACAUUGAUGGAGGUAAGCAUAUUUUAGCUAUGUUUUUAAACUAGGAAUUAUUUUGAAUGAAUAACAAAACAAUUUAUUAUUGAAUUCAGCUUUCGUAUCAUAUGAAGAAUUAUGGAGAUCUCUGAGGGUGUUAUCCGCCUUGGCCUACAGCCUCGACUGAUAACACCCUCCUCAAUCUCCAUAAUUUUAUAAGAUACUCAACCUCAUUCUUCAAUUGUUAAAUACAGGAAGCCGCUGAGAAGGAAAAGGCGUCAGUUUCAAGAGCCAGGUCAAUGUCCGCUGGGAUGACAACUCCAAGUGUAAGUUCCAUCUUCAACUCUUGCUACUUUGCAAUACAUGUAUGUACAGUGUAAUGUAAGUAAAAGUAAGUUGUGGGAUGAUUACAUCGUAUAUUAAAGGACUGUUCACCGUGACAUUGGAUUUUGUCUUUCUUUGUAGUUUUAUCUCUUUAAACUUGAGUACCGUAUUAAUUUUAUUCGAAUAAGCGCCCAACCUCGAAUUAGCGCCCACCUCGAAUAAGCGCCCAUCCUAAAGGCAGAAAAAGUUAAUAAGUGCCCAGCCUCGAAUAAGCGCCCACCCCCUCCUCCUCCCAAUGAAACUCAAAUAAGCACUCACCCCCACCCCACCCACUUGAGUGAAUAAAUUCUAAUAAGAGACUUCCCAGAGGACGGAGUUUUCUUCAGAGUAUUUCACAGAAACCUUGCUUUGUUACUUCUUUGCGUUUUGUUAUUAGCAUUUAUUCUUUUGUUGCAAAAAUAAUAAACAUACUUCACUUGCUGAAAAUGGUGAAAAUUUAAUAAGCGCCCAGCCUCGAAUAAGCGCCCCCUCUCAAUGUCCAAAAAUUUAAUAAGCGCCCAGGGCGGUUAAUCGAAUAAAUACGGUAACUUAAGUACUGCCCUUAAAUGUGAAAUUUGCUACUUUUUAUCUAUUUAGUUAUUUAUUUACUCCAUCUAAUUUUUUUUCUUCCGAUUUAUUCUGUGUAUUUUUUUUUUUCUUCUUUGUGUUUUACUUGCAAUAAAAUUUUUAAAAAAACUUGAGCUUUCUCUUUUUGGUUUACAUUUAGGAGCUUAAGCAACAGCGAUGGCGACGGCUACCAAAAUGUCGCUUAAAAAAUGAAUUAGCGCUGCUUUAAACUAGAUCGCACUUAUUUCCAUCUCAUUCAAUUCCUCAAAAUUGCUGGCAAAUUUUUCUAGAGGUGAAUUCUAAAGGAAUGUAUCAAAGUUUAGAGAAAGAAAACGAAAGUCAUUGUCUUGUGUUCACGUCCUCCACAAAAUGUGAAAUUAGAAAGUUUCACAUCGUAGUCGUUCAAUGGCUGCAAAGAAAUGUACAAAAAAGUCUGAUGUACAUGCAGAGUUGUUGUUUUGGUUACCUAAACCUAUUGCUUUUUUGCCGGUCUCCUUGACAUCACUGUCGUCAUGUAAGCUCCCUAACAUUGCAGCAACAAAACCUCAUGUACGUUCACAGUAUUGAUGCUUCAAGGGCGUGCUGGAUUGAUUGUAUUCUGGAAUAAGAAUACGCAGAAAUUUGAGACAAUUCUCUCUGGCUUCAAAUUCUUGGACCAUUGGGGUACUACAUUAAUCUUAAUAAUAUAUUAAUCUCCUCUAGAUUUCUAGAUUUCACCGUGCGAUGAAAGUCUAAACAAGUGAUUGUUAGAAUUUAUUCCAUGUGUUGUUAUUGUGGAAUGAGGUCAAUUAAACACAGCUUUAUAAUCAAGUCUCAGGAGCAGGUUGCAUGUGUGGUAUAAUCCUUUAGUAGUGGAACAAAUCAAAUGAAAAGUAACCGACCCACCAUAUAUUUGAUAUUUGCCAAAGUAUGAAGUGAAAAAAACAUAAAAGAAAUAAAGUAAAUAUGGUAAAACAAACGACUCAGAACAGUAGAAACCAAACUAGGCGAGUAGUUUCAAUAAGACAGGUCACAACAGGAUUCAUACAGUGGUUAAAAUAUGGGUUGUUUUGUCCGUAAAUGAUGGCACAAACUCAAAUUAGGAUAAACCAGGAUUGUGUGACAUUGGGGAUGUCACAUAAGGAAAACUGGUGCUAUUUGCUGCAAUGUACCACUAGUGACAUGUGUUUUGUUUUCAGCCAAUGGGUGGAUAUACUGAUGAGCAUGGUUUGGCAGAACAUGACAGGUACUCGAUAAUUAUUAUUUUAAGGAAUAUAAUAUUAUUACAUUAAUUUUAUUGUAUGUCCAUUAUAUUUUGACGAGGCAAUUUAUAUCUGAUAGAAUCUAUCAAUCCUAUGGUUUAUUCAGGAGAGCAUCAAAAUUACUGAUUUUUUCAAAUGUCAAGUGAUAUUUAUAUGUUAUAUAUUAUCCUGACAACCAGAUCAAUGACUGAAAAUAGCUCUCUAGGGAGAGAAUGUGUUUAAAGUUUUUGUUAUGUCUGUUGAACAACUGCGAUUUUAUCGGCUUCACAGUUUACGUCAUAUAAGGAUUAAAAUUAACCUGUUGUGUUGAAGAAAAUAAGGCAUGAUUUCUUGGGUCUAAGAAAAAAAUUUUUGACGUACAAGGUGAUGCUUAUUUAUCUGAUGCACCAAGUUACUCUUCACCUUCAUUUCAUAUAGCAUGCCUUUUAACAUAAGUGUCAAAGAAAAUGAAGCCUGACUUCUUGUAUCAAGAAAAAAUGUUUUGAUGCAACAGGUCCACGUCACCUUCAUGUUAUUUAGCAAGCCAAUGGCCACAAUUACUCCUUUUUUGCAAAAUUUCUUUUGCCUAGAAAAACAUAAUAAAUAAGAUUGAUAUAAUGACAAGCAAUAGGGGAGCAAGGGAUGGCGCAGUGGUGAGAGUGCUCGCCUCCCACCAAUGUGGCCCGGGUUCAAAUCCCGGCGUCGAAGCCAUAUGUGGGUUGAGUUUGUUUUUGGUUCUCUCCUUUGCCCCGAGAGGUUUUUCUCCGGGUACUCCGGUUUUCCCCUCUCCUCAAAAACCAACACUUCCAAAUUCCAAUUCGAUCUGGAACCUACGGACACGUUUAAACGAGUUCAUAUGAACUCUUAGGUGCUUUGUGGGUAAAAAAGCAAUUUCCAAUUUCCAAUUUCCAAUGACUUGAGCAUAAUAGACUCUCCUUGUUUGCAACCUGAAUCAUACAGUAUUUUGUAUCUGGCCUUCAGAACUAUGACUUUUCUUACUGAUGGACAUUACAGACAUAACAUGACUGCAUAGUGUUUUAUAGUUUUUAUGGAAACUGUAACCACAGAAAGUAAACUAAAAACUUGCUAAAUUAUUUGUUUUUAUAGGACUGCAGGUGGGCUUCAAGUGCAAGGAGAAGAAGAGAUCUCAACAGAGUUGAUUGAAGAGAGGGAAAGAGCUAUAAGGCAACUAGAGGUAACCAUUAUGGAAUAAUGUCAUUGUAAUAGCCAACGAGUAGCCUCAGGAAGGGGUAAUUGUGAAGAAGAGCUCCCCAAAAAACCUGUCGGUCGACUGUCGGUCAACUGUCGGCCGACACAUUACCGACAGUUUACCGACAGGCUACCGACAGCUAACCGACAGGCUACCGACAGUUUCUCAAAGAAGAAAAUUGUUGAGAAAACACGCAUUAAACAUGACAUAGAAACGAUAAUAAUCUCGAUAGACAUCACUAAUUACUUACCGAUCGAUGGUAAAACGAUUUCUUCGGACAUGUUUAUAGAAAGCUUUUGAAAUGCGAAACAGAUAUAUUAUUCGUGAAAGACAACAAGGCAAUCAAUGAAAUCAGAUUUAGAGGAGCCACCAACACUAUGAAAGUCAAUGACCAACAAUAAAGUUAAAAUAAAUAAUGAAAUACAGUACAGUCCCAAUUCCUCAAACCCUCAAAUAAAAACAAAAGUAAAUGACCGGCAAUGAAUAAAGAAAAAUACGUAUAAAUACCCGUUCAAGACUUGACUCUCAGAUAAAUUCGAGAGGGACUGGGACAUAGUUUACCUUUCCAACAGCCGACUGUUGGUCGACACACGGCCGACAGUCGGCCAACAGUCGGCCGACUGUCGGUCGACAGACGGCCGACAGUUGACCGACAGUCGACCGACAGGUUUUUUGGGGAGGUCUUCUUCACAAUUACCCAGGAAGGUGACAGGGCAGCUUAAUAAAGCCAUGCGUGAAAGUUCCAAGGCAGAAAGAAUCUCAAAGCGAUGUAACAUAAGGUAGUGUAAGGUAACUUUUAUGACGUAAUGCAAAACAGAGAAUGCAUUGUUUUUGAGUGAACACAUGAUACAGAACAGAGAAUCCACGAGCCGCGUGCAUGUUUGUGAGUCCUGUGCUCAUCCAGUCUUCAACCAAUCGUUGGGUGGAUUCACGUGCAACAUACGCAUAUAGCUGUUGCAUUUGCUCGCCUGAAUUUUUUAUUGUUUUCAGGUUUAAAAACAAUAAAUAAUUCCAGAGGGCGAAUGCGAGAGCUAUACACUUGUUUUUCUUAAAUUACGGCAAUUCAAGACGUGUUAGGCACUCAGUGAUAGCUAUAUCUAGUAGUAAUAUUUUUGAACACUGAGACUGGAAUACAGUCGAACCUCAAUAUAAUGAAGGGCCAAGGGCCGGCAAAAUUUGUUUGCUAAAACAAUGUUUCGUUAUAUCAAAGUUCUUUGUUAUAUAUCUAGAGGUCUGUUAUAUCGGUUGUGUCUGUUAUAUUGGUUAUGUUUGUUUUUAGUUGACAAUAAUACUAAUUCUUCCUUUGGACAGAAAGUUAAAACCAGGUGCAUAAUUCAAGAAAGUGUAAAUAGUUUUUUUUACCAAAAAGGGGUUGAGUAUUUGGUAGUCAAGACCAUUUUUAGAUGUAUCACUCUCCAUUUUUAUAGUAAUGCUCCUCAAUUUAUUGUUUUUAUUUCAGGGAGGAUUUAUGAUUUUAGGAAAAAACGCAUAUCUAAUAACUGCUUUUUUUCACUUAGGCUGAUAUUGUUGGUGUCAAUGAAAUUUUCAGAGAUCUUGCGACUAUGGUUUAUGAACAAGGCGAUAUGAUAGGUACAAGAAGCUUGUUUACUUCUUUUUCUUUAAUAUUGUUCAUUUUUGUCACUGUUAUCAAACAAUUUGUUAAUAUAUUUUAUAGAUAGCAUUGAGGCAAAUGUAGACAGCACUGCAGUUCAUGUUGAAGAUGCCAAUGUUCAGUUACACAAAGCUAGUAAUUAUCAGGUAUGUACUUUUGCUUCAUUUUAAUUUGUUCCAUGUUACAAGUUGCAUAUUAACUACAAACAAAUUCUGGUUACCACCCCUAUUUUUCUUGGUUUAUUAAUAGUCAACAAUGCCCUUGUAGCAGUGCUGUAUAAUUUGUCCUGAUAUUAUGAUGGUACAUACUACACUGUGAGACACAAAGAUCAUCAGAAACUAAAUUGGGACUCUCGUGAGAAUGUAACUUAGACAGAGGCAAACCUAAGUAUGUGCACAUUUGGUAGUGCGAUUUUUAGGGUGUUAGGGUGUACCUUUUAGAGCUUCAUGCCAGAAAAUGUCAUUAUUAGAUAGCAAUGUUCAUCACUCAACUGCUUUUCAUUUUUUUUUUCGAGGUUUUGUUAGAGUAAAUUCUGACAAGCAGUAUGGCCUUAAAACAGCAACAUAAGUCAAAUGAAAUGGCCACAAAUGACAUAAAGAUGGAUUAAAAAUGCCACAGCAGUAAGAACAAUCACAAAUACACAAGUGAAAUAUGGAUAAUAUUAUUACAUGGCUUCCUCCUCAAAUGCGAAACAAAAGGUUUAAAAUUGAGACCAGGGACACACUUACCCCCACCCUAAGAGGAACUCUUUUCUGCCAUGUGAUCUCUUGAUCGAGGGAUGUGCAGAGUGGUGUACCUCUUUUGUGUGCAAAUGAGUUUACUCCAUACCUACAAAAACUACCUUCAGCGCAAAAGCAUUAUAUAGCUGUGUGGAAACUUCAAACGAUCUUGAUUUAGUGAAAUGUUUUACAAGUAAUAUAAUUAUUAUUUCAGCAUCUUGUGCAAAAUGUAGUGCAGAUAUAACAACUUAAGUAAAUGAGCAGUGCCUGUUGAUGAUUCUAAGUCAGAUAUAUUACUACUAUUAAAUUUGGUCCAUCUUUCAUCUUUCUGUUAACAGAAAGCAGCAAGAAAGAAAAUGUGUUGUAUCCUGGUGAUUUUAGUGGUGGUUGCUGCUGCAUUGGGUCUCAUUAUUUACUUUGCUACAAAGUAAAUGAACCAUCCAACAUGGAAUUACUCAGACAUAUAAUUGUCAAAAAAAGUAGAAAAGUAUUCAUAGUAGAAUAUUGAUAACUUAACUGUAACAUCUUGUACCUCUUUCUUAUUGCUGGUAUUGACUGACUUAAACAUCUAGAUCUCAAUAUCCAGUCAAUAGGAACCCUUAGAUUGGACUAUAGGUAACAAGAUUUUCUCAGUACAAGUACAAGUUUUCAUAUGAAAGUAGUGUUAAACUCUUUUUUUUUUAAUUAUUUUAUCUUAUUUUGAGAUGAGGCUGAGGUAGGACUGAACAUAAGUCUCAAAAUGUUCCUUAGAUUUGUUAAAUUGCAUGUAGUAAUAAUAAGGCCUUGUUAGGGUAAAAUUUCCAACGAGUGGCAUGGCCUUGAAACAGUGACGUAACACUAGAUGAAAUGCCAAAAAAUAGCAUAAAGAGGGGUUUAAUACCAAAUGGGGCAUGGCCUAAUCGUUAAAACGCAAAAUGGCCAUAUUUGAAAUUCAAUUACUAAGGCUCUUUUAUUCCUGUCUGUUUUAGAGGGGUAUCUAAGGGUCUUAUAAAGCUUGUGCCGAGCCCAGAUUGGUCUCAGACGAGUAUCCUUGCCCCUUUCACAUGGGGGAAGUUCCCUUGGGACUUACACUGCAAACCGGUCGUUUCGAUACAAACUCAAGCAGUGAAAUUGUCCAAAAAUUUUGUUCACUUCAAGUAUAGUUUGCCAGUGAACAAGAAAAACAUUUUGGGUGAAUGUCUUCGUUCUUUAAGCAAAGUACGUGUAACUAAUUACACCUUGAAUGAGUAAACUUGUCUCGAAACUAUUUGUAACGAAACAACUUAAUGUCGAAACGACCAGUAACCCUUACACUCAGCUAUAGGAACACUAGUAGACUCCUUUCAUCAUUACAGAUAAGUUUCGAGUAUGAUAUUUUAUAGUUAAUUAACAAUACUACAUGUAAUACAUUAGGGGCUACAAUUUAGCGUGGUUUUUGAGUUUCACUCAAAGUUAGUACAUUAGGAACCCACAUAUAAUUUUGGUGCUUAAAAGUACCAAACUAAUGGGUGUAUUAAAUUUAGAGCAUUGCCCACGUGUUCACUGGAUAGCGAUUUCCCCGGUGGAUAGCGAAACAACUGGGGCCAGGAUUUUAUAGGAAUUCAUAAAUGAUGAUGUUGUAUGUUAGCGGCCUCGAAAUUACUUAUUGCUGUUGUUGUUGUUGUUUGUCUGUUAUUUUUAUAGUUAAUCCAUAAAAUGUAGUGGGUAAAACGAUCAGGUGAACCCUAGACCAACUUGUUUGAAGUCAAGCAGCAGUUCGAAUUUAAUGAUUUCCAUUGGUAUCAGUUGUGCAGAUG